AUGUCGCUGCCGUUAUGGAAAGUGCUGAGAGUGUGGACUUGCCGAAUAAUUUGCACAGAAGUGCGGAAUUUUGCAGGCGGCAAAGCAGCACUUCGAAUAGCUAUAGUUGGAAGUGGUCCGGCAGGUUUAUUCACUUGUUCCUCCUUGCUGCGGCGACUGCCUCGUUGCAAUAUUGAUGUGUUUGAUGCUUCGCCUGUACCUUUCGGAUUAGUUCGGUAUGGAGUUGCACCGGAUCACCAAGAGGUAAAGAAUUGCAUAAACGCCUUCGACAAAAUGUUUGAGACAAAUAGAGAUCGCCUCGCAUUAUUUUGCAAUGUAAAGGUCGGAUCUGAUCUGUCGAUGAAGGAACUGACUCGACACUAUGAUGCAGUCCUCCUGGCUUAUGGAGCUCAUCGGCCGCGUCAAUUGGACAUCCCUGGAGCAGAGUCGAAAAACGUUAUUUCCGGAUCCGAUUUUGUUUCUUGGUAUAAUGGAGUCCCUAAUGCCAAGGAACCACUACUAGAUGAUCCAAACGUGGUCAUAAUCGGUAAUGGAAAUGUAGCCCUAGAUUGUGCUAGGAUGCUAUCAACCGCAAAGUCGCUUCGAGCUACUGACAUCCCGUCGAAAGUAAUUGCGGUGUUGGAGGAGUCUCAAGUGAAAAACAUCAAAAUUAUUGGUAGAAGAGGUCCACAGAAUGUAUCGUUCACUAUCAAGGAACUUCGAGAGCAGUUUAAAGUACCUGGGUGGAACACGACAGUUGAAAUGGACGCUGAGGAAGUGCUGGAUUUGAAGAAAGAAAUCUCUACGAUGCACCGACGGAGAAAAAGACUCAUGAAUUUACUCUUGGAUGGUGUGAAACCUCAAGAAGAAGGAAAACAGUGCAGGUUUUUAAACCAUAGGAUACCUGAAGAAGUGAUUCCUGAUACAUCCGGACGAGUAUCAGCUGUACGAUUCCUCAAUAAACGUACUGAUAGCAAGGAGGUCAUUCAUUGUGGACUCCUCAUAUAUAGCAUAGGAUUCCAAACAGUCGUUCUCGAUGGGGUACCGAAAAAUGAUAAGGGAAUGAUUGCUAUGAAAGAUAGUUUCCGAGUGGAUAUGCCUUGUGGGUCGUUUGUCUACGCUGCCGGAUGGUGCGCCCAUGGACCUCGAGGCGUAAUCGUGGAUACACAGCAGGAUUCAGUAGUAGUGGCGGAACAAAUAGCGAAAGAUUUUUCUACAAGAAGUGAUAUUACAGGUUCUCUGCAUGGCGCUGCAGCGAUUUUGGAUGCUCGACAUGUGAAUUAUAUAACGUGGGAUGAAUGGAAGAAAAUCGACGAUAUGGAAAUAAAAGAAGGGUUGAAAAUAGGGAAAAUACGGGAGAAGUUGACGAAAUUCAACGGAUUCUUGUACCGACGUUCAUAG